GUGAUCUCAGUUUUGAUUUGAGGCAGGCGCGCGAGUGCUGUCGGUAGUGAAAAGUCGCGCCGUGACAAUUGUGUGUCGUCGAACUUGAUUACUGAUAACCUUUCACAUGUACAUAAGAAGAAUAAAAAUGAAUUACACUGCGUUAUGUUUAGCUGUGUUGUAUCUUGGCUGCCUAGUGGCUGCCUUUGACGUGGAAAAGGCGGAAAUUAGUGUUGGAAUUGUGGAAACCGUCGUUACAAUUACACUCCCGGAAAAUCCUGAUGUGAAGUCCGCGUUCUUUUCUACCGGAUUAACGGAUGAAUGCGCCGCAGGAUACAUCUUUCUCCAAAGCAUUAAUGAAAACAAAACCAUGGGCUAUAAGCAUGAUCUGAAGCAAAAACUAAAUAGCAAUGAUUUAUUGCGAAUUUCUGCUGUGUUUGAAACACAAGAUCAAGUAAUGUCGCAUACCUUUAACUUUCAAAUUGAUUCCAAUGGCCAGGGUGUAAAACAGAAUACGUCAGUAGCAUCAAACCCUUUUUGUAGUAGCAUCAAACCUAUUGUGUGGAAGUAUCCUCGUGGAUGCAUACCGAGCGAAUGGCAUUUCGAUAAUCCUAAGCAAUGCAGUAACAAAAUAAUAUUUGAGGAAAAGUUUAAUGACGAUAAACUACGGAAUUGGAAUAUUUCGUCUUAUUCAAACCAGUUAACUGUAUAUUCCGAAUAUACAGCGUACGUCCCAGAAAACGUAUUCGUUAAGGAAAGACAAUUACAUUUAAAGGCCACCACCUUACCAAUGGGCAAAUCAUUUCAUUUAAAAAAGUGUACUGCAAAUAAAAACAACAAUGCAACGUGCGGACCUCGGAGAUUUGGUUUUGGUACUAUAACGCCUCCUUUUUACACCGCUCAAAUUCAAAGUAUCAAUCAAAAAUUAAAGUAUGGACGAUACGAGAUUUGCGCCAAGGUAGCAAAAGGAGAAUUUUUAUUUUCAUAUAUUAUGUUGCAUCCAAUCGAGAGACAUAUUUCGGAUGACCCGGCAAAACAUAUUCGACUCAUGUAUGUCCGAGGUAGUUCACAGUUGUGGAGCAACGAUCUAAGUGACAUGGCAGGCAGUACAGUUUUUGGUGGCGCCAUGUUUAUGCCUUUUAGUGGCGAGCUCCAUGAGGUAAAAGAGGGUAUGUCAUUAAAAACCACUGGUGCACAUUACGGGGAUGAGUUUCACAAUUAUACAAUGAUUUGGCACAAGGACCGCAUCAUAUUUAAAGUCGAUGGCACUACAUAUGGCAAAAUAAACGAUAAGAAAGUUCUAAGGCAAUUGGAUGAUCCGGCUUACUAUUACCUCGUCUUAGGAUUAACUGCAGGGGGACUUCAUAAUUUCCCAGACCAUGAAAUUAAACAUGGUAGUAUACCUAAGUUUAAUCCUCCAGGAGCGGAGAAAUCGGCUGUGGACUAUGUUCAAGAUAACCCAUGGACACAACCCAAAUUAAUUAUCGAUUCUAUACGUGUCUUUACCACACAUGCAGAUGAAGAAUAAAACAUUUAUACUGAGGAUUGAUAACAGUACACUUUUGCAAAUAUAUCAAUAUUAAAACUAUAUUA